CUGUGUACCCACGGCGAACGACCACAAAACCUCGCCGCCGACCUCAAGACCUCCAAAAUCCGCCAUGGUCAACACCAUCCCCAUCGUCAAGAAGCGCACGAAGGUCUUCAAGCGCCAUCAGUCCGAUCGCUACAAGAGCGUGAAGGAGGCAUGGCGGAAACCGAAGGGUAUUGAUAACCGGGUGCGCCGGCGGUUCAAGGGGCAGCUCCCGAUGCCCAAGAUUGGUUACGGGAGCAACAAGAAGACGAGGCACUUGCUGCCCAGCGGCCUGAAGAAGCUCUUGGUCAGCAACGUCCGGGAAGUCGACCUCCUGCUGAUGCACAACAAAAGCUUUGCGGCGGAAGUCGCCCACAACGUCAGCAGCCGCAACCGCACAACCAUCCUUGAGCGGGCCAAGGUGUUGGGUGUAAAGGUGACGAACCCGGCUGCUCGUCUCCGGUCUGAGGAGUAAAUGGUCGUUCUCGCAUUCAUCUCGCUAUUACUCUGCAUAUUCCGCCAUGUAUUCUCCCCUCUAUGCUCGCAAUAAGCACCAUGCGACCAUGCUUAGGCCAGGAA